AUCACUCCCUAUCCUCAAGAUGGACCUUCUCGCCGAGCUCGAGAAUCUGGCCAUCAUGACCGAGCACGAGAACGACGAAGAGAGCCUCAGAACAGGCCCGUCUCAAUACCAACCCGCUCCAGCUCCCCUCGAUCUCUCCGCUCGAGACCAAAAGUCAACCUUCCUCGUCAAGCUUGAAGGGCCGUUGAAUAGCCCAACCCACAUCCAAUCCCUCUCCAACUCCCUCACCACCCCCAUCCUCAAAUCCGCUGAAGGCAUCGACGCCACCGCCCCCGCCACCUUCUGCCUCAUCACCGGCCGCAUGAAACUCGCCCUUCUCUCCGCCCUGGCGGGGAGUACUUUCUCGCCGACUUUUAUUCGCGUUAACUUGGCUGUGAAAGAUCUCUCCGAGUAUAGCCGUGCUCCUACGCUGGGAUGUGAUGUCGACCCUACGCUUCCGCAGCAUCGAGCAUCCCAUGCGGAGGUGUUCUAUCCGAUGCAGGACCAGUACCCGGUGUGGUAUUUCUUCUAUGGCACUCUGGCCGUGUCGGACAACCUGGCUGCCCGACUGGGUCUCAGCGAGAUACCGAUGCUGAGAAAGGCCUGGGUCAGGGGAGGCGUGCUGAGGACGUGGGGAGGUGGAAAGUAUAAGGCGUUAAUCGAUGGCUCGGCUAAUACACGCGUCGAUGGAUGGGCGUAUGAGGUAGCCUCGGCGGAUGAGGAAGAGAUGCUGAGGUACUAUGAGACGGACUAUUAUGAGGUCGUCCGGUGCGAUAUCCAUGUGCAGGACGUUGCGGGGAUCGUGAAGGGACUGGUGUUCAGAUUUGUCCGGGGAUGUGGAUGAAGCCUAGUCUUGGUCUGCGUCGACAUCCAAUCGCACUUGUAUGUUCUGGUCAUCGGUAUUGUUCUUACCAGAAAGAACAUGCCCCAUUUUCCCACAAGGUCUGACG